AUGGACCUAAUGAAUCUCCAUACAGAUUUUGAUGAAGGUCCAUCCACAUCCUGCAAAAUUCACAUGGAUCAACCACUGAAUAAAGAGAGAGGUUAUUAUUCAGAAUUGAUUUCCAAAAUAGAUGAAAAAGAACCCUUUCCACAAGAAAUUAAUAAAUUUAAGAUUCAUGGAGCCACACAAUUUCCCAGCAGAUGUCGUGCAGCAGGAACAGAGAAGUACAUCCCUGCAGUAUCAUCAUUUUCUGGACCAAAGGACUUCAAAAGCCUUCAGAGAGAGUUGUCUAAAGGAAUUCAGGGACCAACCACUGAGAUAAUUGAUGAAAGUGACUUUCCAAAGAGUGCUUUUUUGCCCAAAGUUCAAAUACCUUAUGAAAUUCCUUAUGGGCAAUGUCCAAGAAGGGUUGCUAUUGAAAGACUGAGAAGGUAUUAUGGAAGUCAGAAUAUUGAAUCACUUUUGCUUGAAGAGGGAAUUGAGACCCAUUAUUUGCAACCAAAAUCUUCUUAUUCAUUAUUACCUCCUGCCACAAAUGUGCAAGGAGACACUAAGAAUUUCCAAGAUCCAUUAUCUUCUUUAGCCUUACAGUAUUUUGAUGAUACAGAGUAUGACUGUAGAAAUCCUACAGAAUGGCUAAGCCUUGGUUCUGAAGAUGGUAUUCAAAAACCUGUACCUGGAAAAGCAUUUCUGUCUGUUGAAGGUCAAGAGGAACAUUGUUGGAGAGAUGUAGGAGUUAUUGGUUAUGACAAAGUGAGAAAACUCUACAUUGUUAGAAGGGCUUUUGAUCUAGAAGAUAGAAGAGAAUCAUCACUGUUUGCAAAAUCUUCUAGAAAAGGAAAAAAACUUGGAGGACAGAAAUAUUUUAUACCACGUAUUUAUUUGAUAUUCAGUGCUGAGGAUCCUUUCAAGUUUGUGAAACGUGUAGUAAGUGCAUUAAAAUACAGGUCUCAAACUGAAGCUUUGCUCCUUUUGCAUCUAUAUGCAGACUGCAUGCCCAGAGAAGGUCUUCCAACAUUAGAAGAAUCAGUAAAAUCCAGCAUUUGGAAGAGAACUGGUUUCACACAGUAUCAAAAACCAGAAAGAAACUUACAAGGGUGCAUAGAUGCUGUUAACAAUGAAAUGCUUCUGGAAUAUCAUCGAGCUCUUAACAGCAUGACUCUGACCACUUUUAUAACAAAAUACCCAAGUCUAUUUCCACAUGUUAUUCUUCCAGAUAAAAGUUCUUUUGAGCCUUCAAAAGUUUCUCUUCACAAUAAAUGGAAAUCAUUCAAAUUUCAUAGUAUCCUUACAAAACCAGAAGUUAUAAUUGCUCUUAGUGAGCUUAGAAAAGAAUGUCAAAAUGUAGCAUCUUUGCAUCUGUAUCACACGUUAAUAGUGAAGCCUGUGAAAGCUGAAGAAAUGGAAAAAAUUCAGGAUCAUGUGAUACAGCAAGUGCAUAUGUAUCUACAUGACAGUUGGUUAACAAAUAUAAGGAUAUCUAUUCGAACUAGUUUUCGACAUGCUGGCAAAGGACAUUUUAAUUUGUAUGAAACCAAUUGGUAUGUAUACCAACAGUCCAAAAUGAAGAAAUUUAUGAGUGUUGUCAACUUUAUGAUGCAGGAUGCAGUACGCUACUUAGUAGAGUACUCUUUGGAAGCUUUUACCCAUAUGGUUAAAGAAUCCUGCCAGCCAAUAAUGAACAUUCCAAAGAAUUUUCAAUGGAACUUACCACUGAACACCAAUAAAUUCUGCCCAUCAAACUCUGCUUUGUUCAUUAUUGACCUUGUCUUGGAUGCUCAGGGGUGUUACUAUUCAGUUAAGCUCCAGGAUGUUGUAAAAUGUUUAUUACAUUUGUUUAACCAAGGAAUUUCUGCUACUGAGAAAGUUCCUCAACUUGAGCCAUUUGUGAUGGAAGACCUCUUUUUUCCCGAAACUUUGUAUGUGGAAACGGUAGGACAACAUGAACUUAAAGUGGAACAAUGUCGUUCAGAAAUACAAAAUGCUUUACAAAAAGUAGAAUUACUCUUGCGAGAAUAUGCCAAGAAAUAUGAAGAAUAUCUUUCCCUAGCUGUACUGGACAUUAACAGUUUUAUCAAAGACUAUGAGCUAAAGGAGCAGAAAGCACUGAAAGUGAAGGAAGAUGUUCAGUUUUAUCUAAGCAAGAAAGAAGAAGUAGAAAGAAACUUUCCCUCAGGAAUUACUGUUGGUCCUUUUUGGAUAAAUGUUGAUGCUGUAAGACUAACUUUGUCCAAAAAAUGCAGGUCCAUUGUUGGAGCGCUGCUAGAUUAUCUAGCUAAAAGUCUUCAUGUUCAGUCUGAUGGGGUCUCUGGUGAAUUUCGUUUGCUGUUUGGAAAAUUGGUUGCUAAGCCUGGCUGCAUUGAAGAUGUUGUUGAUCAGAGAGACUGGAUGAAAAAAGUUCCUGACAUUGUUGAGUCACUUCAAGAAAAGAUUGAUCAUUUGAUAGAAGAGCAUAAUAUUCUUGAGGAAUUUUUUUAUUCUCUCUCAAAUGAUGACUUUCAAACAAAAUGGACAAUGAUUGCAUGGCCACAGAAAAUUGUGAUACAGAUGGAAAAUUCAUAUAAACAUCUUGAUGAAGACAGAGAGAAAUUUCUUAAACUUCAGCAACAAGAUCAAAUAGAGUUGAAUAAUCGUUUGGAUAACCUUAUGAUGUGGGUAGCUGGGUUAUCCUCUCAUACAGAUAUAAACAGAGCACCUGAGGUAGCAAAUGAGAUUCGAAGACUACAGAAACAAAUUCGUGAAAGCCAGGAGCAAGCUCAACUCUACAACAGUCGAGAACAGCUAUUUGAAAUUCCACUAACAAACUAUGAUCAACUACUAAAUAUUGCAAAAGAUUUUGAACCUUAUCAUAAUUUGUGGAUUGCUGUAGCAGAUUGGAUAAAGUGGUAUGAAAGCUGGACACAAAAUCCUCUGACUACAAUUGAUCCUGAGGCUUUGGAGAAGGAAGUUACCGAAACACAAAAAACAAUGCAUAAAUCUUCUCGACAUUUUGCUGAUCAGAAAGGAUUGAUUGCAGUGAUAAAUACAAUAAAUACACAAGUAGAAAAUUUCAAGCCUUAUGUUCCAAUGAUACAGGCUCUUCGUAAUCCUGGUUUAAAAUCUCGACACUGGGAAAAGCUGUCUGACGACUUACAAAUGAACAUUGUUUCUGUUUCUUCACUUACAUUUAAUAACUGCUUAGAAAUGUGUCUCCACAAUAACUUAGAAAUACUUGAAAACAUGGCAGAGACUGCUGGAAAUGAAUACGCAAUUGAACAAGCUCUCAACAAGAUGGAAGAAGAGUGGGAGCCAAUUUGUUUUGAGGUUCUUCCUUACAAAGAAACAGGAACAUAUAUAAUUCACUGUUCAGAUGAGAUCCAGCAGCUGAUGGAUGAUCACAUUGUUAUGACACAGACAAUGAUAUUCUCUCCAUAUAAGAAACCAUUUGAAGAAAGAGUUGUAAAGUGGGAAGAAAAACUAAAGAUUUCUCAGGAAGUGAUUGAAGAGCUUCUUAAAUGUCAGCAGGCCUGGUUAUAUCUAGAACCAAUAUUCAGUUCUGAAGACAUCGUUCGUCAGUUACCUGUUGAAAAUAAGCGUUAUCAGACAGUUGACAAAACCUGGAGGAAAAUUGUGAAAGGAUGCAAUAGUAUUCCUCAGGUCAUCAAGUUGUGUUCUAACACUACUCUCUUGAAUCAUUUGCAAGAGUGUAAUAAGUUAUUAGAAUAUGUCCAGAAAGGACUGACUGACUAUCUGGAGACCAAACGUAUGGCAUUUCCACGAUUUUAUUUCCUUAGUGACGAUGAACUUCUUGAAAUUUUGUCACAGACACGAGAUCCUAUGGCUGUCCAACCUCAUUUGCACAAAUGUUUUGAGAAUAUUGCAAAACUGAGGUUUGAAGAAGACUUGCAUAUUACAGCUAUGUAUUCAGCAGAGGGAGAAGAAGUUUGUUUCAGAAAAAAUCUUUAUCCUAAGGGAAAUGUUGAAGAAUGGCUUAUGAAAGUAGAAGAACUUAUGAAAGAGAGCUUACAACUUAUUGUUGCAGAUGCAUUAGCAGAUUAUCAGAUUAAGGAGUGGAUUAAAUGGGUACUCUGCUGGCCAGGACAAGUUGUAAUUGCUGGAGCUCAGACUUUUUGGACAACUGAUGUUGAAGAAGGAAUAAAAUCAAAUUCUUUGGAAACAACAUAUAAAAAAGUUUUAAACAAGCUUGAUGACCUAAGAGAAUUAGUUGGAAGUAAUCUUACAAAGGUUCAAAGACAGGUUUUGUCUGCAUUAAUAGUUAUUGAAGUGCAUGCACGUGAUGUUGUUUUCCACCUCAUCAAAGAAAACAUUUCAGAGAAAACAGACUUUGAAUGGAUAAGCCAGUUAAGGUAUUACUGGUUGAAUGACAAAUUGUAUAUACAUGCUGUAAAUGCUGAAUUUUUAUAUGGUUACGAAUACCUGGGAAAUAGUGGUCGUCUUGUCAUCACACCACUUACAGACAGAUGUUACCUAACACUUACUGGAGCAUUGCACUUGAAGUUUGGUGGAGCUCCUGCUGGUCCUGCUGGAACAGGAAAAACAGAAACUACUAAAGAUUUGGCUAAAGCAAUGGCUGUUCAGUGUGUUGUUUUCAACUGUUCCGAUCAGCUUGAUUUCUUGGCCAUGGGAAAAUUCCUGAAAGGUCUUGCGAGUUCUGGCGCAUGGGCUUGUUUUGAUGAGUUCAACCGCAUUGAUGUUGAAGUGCUUUCUGUAGUUGCUCAACAGCUGGCUACAAUCCAACAGGCUCAACAACAAAAAGUUGAAAGGUUUGUCUUUGAAGGAGUGGAAAUUUUUCUUAAGUCUUCUUGCGCUGUCUUUAUUACAAUGAAUCCAGGAUAUGCUGGAAGAACAGAACUUCCUGAUAAUCUGAAGGCCUUAUUUCGUCCUGUAGCUAUGAUGGUGCCUGAUUAUUCCUUAAUUGCUGAGAUCAGUCUGUUUUCUUUUGGUUUUUCCAAUGCAAAGGACUUAGCUAAAAAAAUCACAACAAUAUUUAAGCUAUCAUCUGAACAGUUAAGCUCACAGGAUCAUUAUGACUUUGGAAUGAGGGCAGUGAAGACUGUUAUAGCAGCUGCUGGGAACUUAAAAAGAGAAAAUCCCUUACUAGAUGAAGAACUUAUUGUUUUGAGAGCUAUUCAGGAUGUAAAUGUACCAAAAUUUCUAGCUGAUGAUAUAAAAUUGUUUAAUGGAAUUGUCUCUGAUUUGUUUCCUGAUGCCAGAAAGGAUACUAUUGAUUAUGGUAAUCUGAGGGGUUCUAUACAACUGGCAUGCACUUCUCUAUCUUUGAAAGCUGUCGAUGGAUUUGUUAUGAAGUGUCUUCAACUGUAUGAUACAACUGUAGUUCGUCAUGGCCUGAUGUUAGUAGGACCUGUAGGCUCAGGAAAGACAAAGUGUUAUGAAACUUUAAAAGAAGCCCUCACAAGUCUAGCAGGGCAGCCAUCUCCCACUGGCUCUCUUUAUACUCCAGUGAAUACUUAUGUACUUAAUCCUAAGUCCAUUACUAUGGGUCAAUUGUAUGGUGAAUUUGAUAUGAUAACUCAUGAAUGGACCGAUGGUAUCCUCUCAUCGCUUAUUCGUUCUGGUGCAAGUGAAACAUCCCAGGACAAACAGUGGUAUAUUUUUGAUGGACCUGUGGAUGCUGUUUGGAUUGAGAACAUGAACACUGUGCUAGAUGACAACAAGAAACUGUGUCUUAGCAGUGGUGAAAUCAUCAAGUUAACAGAGGUACAAACAAUGAUGUUUGAAGUUGCUGAUCUUGCUGUAGCUUCACCAGCAACAGUCAGUCGAUGUGGGAUGGUGUAUUUGGAACCAAGAAUACUUGGACUGGAACCUUUUGUUGAUUGCUGGCUUGAAAAAGUCCCUUCAGUCAUGAAACCAUUUGUGCCAGUGCUUCACCAGCUCUUUGAAACUUUUUUAGAACCUUCACUGAAGUUUCUAAGGCAGAAUAUCAAAGAAAUGGUGAAUACAGUUAAUAUCAACUUGACCUUCAGUCUUUUGAGACUUUUAGAUUGUAUUUUCUUUUAUUUUCAGGAAAAUGCCAACAAUAUGUAUUUGCUGGAAUAUCUUAUUGGGCCAUGGUUUGUAUUCUCACUAAUCUGGAGCGUUGGAGCUACAAGUGAUAGAGAAGGAAGAACUAAAUUCAAUGAGUGGCUUAGAAAACAAAUGGAAGCAAUAAAUGCCAAACCUCUGAUUCCAGAGGAUGGAUUAGUUCAUGAUUAUUGCUUGGAGAUUGGGGAAGUCACAAAUUCUGUGGUAGACAGAGCUGUAAAAGAUAAUUCUGUAAAUGGAAGUGAAGAAAGCAAACAAGUUUAUUGGAUUAAAUGGAGAGAUCGACUUCCACUCUUUUCAAUGGCCAAAGGAUCUAAUCCUGGAGUAGUUAUGGUUCCUACAGUUGAUACUCUUCGCACUUCAACUAUUAUUGAUAUGCUGCUUAGAAACCACAAAAUGGUACUUUGUGUUGGUCCCACAGGGACUGGAAAAACCCAGAUUAUUCAGGAUAAGCUGACCAAACACAUGCCUGAUCAUUUCAUUUCAGACUUUAUAACUUUCUCUGCUAGAACCAGUGCUAACAAGACCCAAGAUCUUAUAGAUUCCAAGUUAGAUAAACGGAGAAAAGGAGUAUUUGGCCCACCUAUUGGAAAAGACUUUAUCUUCUUCAUUGAUGAUUUGAACAUGCCAGCAUUAGAAAUAUAUGGAGCUCAACCUCCAAUAGAAUUAUUACGUCAGUGGAUGGAUUUUGGUGGCUGGUAUGAUAGGUCUGUUAUUGGUGAAUUUCACAACAUUGUUGAUGUCAACUUCAUUUGUGCAAUGGGGCUUCCAGGGGGUGGUAGAAACCCAGUUACCCCUCGGUUAACUCGACAUUUCAACUUUAUAUCAAUUACUGAGAUGGAAAAUGAAAGCUUGUCUCAUAUAUUUACCACAGUUAUGUCUUCUUGGAUGGAACCAAAUCUCAAAAUUCAUCAGUAUUGUAAACAGCUUGUUUACUCUACAAUUGAAGUGUACAACACAGUUAUCCAGACUCUUCUUCCAACACCUUUGAAAUGUCACUACACAUUUAAUUUACGUGAUAUGUCUCGCAUGUUCCAAGGUAUUUUUAUGGCUGAUCCAAUGAAAAUAGAGACACAGUCCCAGAUCUUGCGGUUAUGGUACCAUGAAAGUUGUAGGAUUUUCCAAGACCGAUUGAUUGAUUCAGAAGACAAAAACUGGUUGGAAGAUUUAAUGAGAAAUAAAAUCACCACAGAUUUUGGCAUGAAUGUUGAUGAUGUCAUUCCAGAUCAUCCACUUUUGUUUGGAGAUUUCAUGUCUCAGAAUGUUGAAAAUAGGAUGUACUCAGAAAUAGAUAAUAUUUCUAGGCUCCAGCAUGUAGUUGAAGAGUACCUGGAUGAAUAUAAUCAAACAUCCAGUGCACCACUUCAUCUGGUAAUGUUUCAAGAUGCUUUGUGUCAUAUUUGUCGUAUUGCUCGUGUUCUCAGGCAACCUCGAGGCAAUGCAUUGUUGCUUGGUGUGGGAGGAUCAGGACGACAGAGUUUGACAAAACUUGCAGCAUACAUAGCUGAUCAUGAUUGCUUCCAAAUUGAGUUAAACAAAAACUAUGGCACAAAAGAAUGGCAUGAUGAUUUAAAAUCAGUGAUUUUAAAAGCUGGAAUUAAUAACAAGACAGUUGUUUUCUUAUUUUCAGAUACACAGAUUAAGAAUGAGUUAUUCUUGGAAGACUUAAACAGCCUUUUGAAUGCUGGUGAUGUUCCAAAUCUGUUGGGGUCUGAAGAAGAAGAGCAGAUAUUUUCUGCUGUUAAACGUGAUGUAUUAGAUGCAAAUUUACUCCUCACUAAAGCCAAUCUAUACUCUACAUUCACCCAGAGAGUUUGCUUUAAUCUACAUAUAGUUAUUGCUAUGAGCCCUUUAGGAGAGGUAUUUCGAUCAAGACUUCGGCAGUUUCCAGCUCUUGUCAAUUGCUGUACAGUAGACUGGUUUACUGAAUGGCCACCUUCUGCUUUACAGUCAGUAGCAGUUGCUUAUUUGAAUGACAUUCCUGAUCUUGAUGCAAGUGAGGAAGUAAUCAAAGAAUUGGUUUAUAUGUGUGAAGAGAUCCAUCAGUCUGUAGUUAGCUGUUCAAAAAGAUACUUAGAAGAAUUAUCUCGCCACAUCUAUGUAACACCUACAAGUUUUCUAGAACUGCUGCAUAUUUUUCAAAGUUUAUUUUCUAACAAAAAGAGAGAUCUCAUUCAAGCAAGAGACCACACAAAAACUGGAUUAGAUAAGUUACUUAAUACAUCUAAGGAGGUUGCUAGACUCCAAGAGGAACUGGAAAAAAUGAGACCAUUGUUGGUAGAGGCUGCUAAAGAAACUGAGCAAACAAUGCAUCAGAUUGCCCAAGAUACGAUUGUUGCUGAGACUACAAAGGAAACAGUGCAUAAAGAAGAAGCUGAAGGUAGAAAAAAGAAAGAAGAAACUCAAGCUAUAGCUGAUGAUGCUCAACGUGAUCUCAGUGAAGCCCUGCCUGCUUUAGAUUCUGCACUUGCAAAUCUUAAGUCUUUGAAUAAGAAUGAUGUGAUUGAGGUAAGAGCACUUCAGAGGCCACCUGAAGGAGUGCGUAUGGUGGUUGAAGCAGUUUGCAUCAUGAAAGGAAUUAAGCCUAAAAAAGUAGCAGGUGAAAAGCUUGGGCAGAAAGUGGAUGAUUACUGGGAUGCAGGAAAAGGACUAUUGCAGGAUCCUGUUAAGUUUCUUGAUAGCCUAUUUAGUUAUGACAAAGAGAAUAUACCAGAUCUUGUUAUUCAGAAGAUCACACCUUAUAUAGAAAAUGAAGCAUUUAUGCCACAAGCUAUUGCAAAGGUUUCCAAAGCUUGCACAUCAAUCUGUGAAUGGGUACGUGCAAUGUACAAAUAUCAUUUUGUGGUGAAGAAUGUUGCACCAAAAAGAAAAGCCUUAUCUGAGGCUCAAGAAGAAUUGGACCAAACAGAAAGAGUUUUAGCUCAAACAAAGCAAAAGCUAAGAAAACUUGAAAAUGGAAUUGCUACUCUAGAAGGCAAAUUGCAAGAGUGUGUGAAGAGAAAGGAAGACCUUGAAUACAAAAGCUAUGAAUGUGAAGAAAGACUCAUUAGAGCAGAUAAGCUUAUAGAUGGACUAGCAGAAGAGAAAGAUCGGUGGCAGAAAACUGUUGAACAAUUAGACUAUGUUAUCAAUAACAUUGUUGGGGAUAUUAUGGUAGCAUCAGCCUGUGUAGCAUAUCUUGGACCUUUUACUUCAGAAUACAGGACUACAAUGGUUAAAGAAUGGAUACUUGGUCUUGAAAAACAUAAUGUUCCACAUACUAGUGAACCUUCUCUUAUUGCUAAUCUCGGUGAGCCUGUUAAGAUCAGAAACUGGCAAAUCUGUGGUCUUCCAAAGGAUGUACUUUCAAUUGAAAAUGCAAUUAUUGCAAAAAAGUCCAAAUUCUGGCCACUGUUUAUUGAUCCUCAGGGUCAAGCUAAUAAAUGGAUCAAGGCUAUGGAAAAAAAUUUUGGAAUAGAGAUUUUAAAACUCUCAGAUAAAGAUUUCUUACGCAGCUUGGAGAAUGCCAUAAGGUUUGGUAAGCCUACUUUAUUGGAAAAUGUGGGUGAAGAAUUAGAUCCAGCUUUAGAACCUAUUCUAUUAAAGCAGGUCUUCAAACAGUCAGGUAGCUACAUGAUAAAACUUGGGGAUUCUGUGAUACCGUAUCAUUGUGAUUUUAAAUUUUACAUCACCACCAAGCUCUCAAACCCACAUUACAGCCCAGAGGUAUCUUCUAAGGUCACACUUGUCAACUUCACCUUAACACCAAGUGGACUUGAAGACCAGUUGUUGGGCUAUGUUGUAGCCGAAGAACGUCCUGAUUUAGAAGAAGCCAAAAACCAAUUAAUUUUCAGCAAUGCUCAGAUGAAACAAGAACUAGGAGAUAUUGAAGAUCGUAUCUUACAACAAUUAACUGCAUCUCAAGGCAGUCCAGUGGAUGAUACAGAAUUGAUAGAGGCUUUAGAAGCUUCUAAAAUCACAUCAUCAGAAAUUAAGAAUAAAGUUGCUAUAGCCGAGCAGACUGAGAAAGAUAUUGAUGUUACACGAAGUCAGUACAUUCCAGUAGCAGUGAGAGCUCAAAUAUUAUUCUUUUGUAUGGCAGACCUCGCUCAGAUUGAUCCUAUGUAUCAGUACUCAUUAGAAUGGUACAUUAAGAUUUUUAUAUCAUCAAUUAUUGGUGCUGCUAAAACAGAGCAAGUGGAUAAGCGUAUUGUCAACAUAAACACAUUUUUCACCUAUAACUUGUAUGUGAAUGUGUGCCACUCACUCUUUGAGAAGCAUAAGCUAUUGUUUGCAUUUCUAUUAUGUGCAAGAAUCAUGAUGAAUUAUGGAAUGAUCGAUCCUUUAGAAUGGAGAUUUUUGCUAGCUGGAGGAUGCCUGACAGAAACACCCUUAGAAAAUCCAUCUCCUGAUUGGUUAACAGAUUAUGUAUGGCAGGAAUUAUGUGCUUUGUCUACUUUGCCCAGCUUUUCCAACCUAGCCACACUGUUUGGAGAAUACAAAGAUGGGUUUAAAGCAAUAUUUGACUCUCCUAAUCCAUAUAGUGAAGAUCUUCCAGAACCAUGGAAAAGAAGUUUGGAUAGUUUUCAGAAACUACUGUUACUUAGGUGUAUACGAGCAGAUGCCAUUACUGAAGCUAUACAAGACUUCAUUAUCAAAAAUUUGGGUCGGGAGUUUAUUGAGCCUCAGACUACAGAUUUAAGCCAAGUGUUUCAAGAUUCAUCUCCAUCUACUCCUCUGAUAUUUAUCCUAUCACAAGGUACUGAUCCAGCUGCUAGUCUUCACAAGUUUGCUGCAGAGAAGUUUAUUAAGAAACUCAGCUCCAUCUCUCUUGGACAGGGCCAGGGACCCAGAGCUGAGGCUUUAUUCCAAAAUGCAUCAGAAAAAGGGUAUUGGGUAUUCUUCCAGAACUGCCAUCUUGCUCCAAGCUGGAUGCCAACUCUUGAGAGACUUAUAGAACACAUAGACCAAAAUAAAGUGCACCGUGACUUUCGUGUCUGGUUGACUAGCAUGCCUAGCUCCAAAUUUCCAGUUUCUAUCUUGCAAAAUGGAUCCAAGAUGACUGUGGAACCUCCCCAAGGAAUUAAAGCUAAUUUGUUAAGAAUAUAUGGUGGUUUGACCAGUAACUUCUUAGAAUCUUGUGGAUCAAAGACUUCACAGUUCAAACCACUUUUACUUUCUCUCUGCUUAUUCCAUGCCAUCACUUUGGAAAGAAGAAAGUUUGGUUCUCUUGGUUUCAAUAUACCUUAUGAAUUUAUGGAUGGAGACCUCCAAAUGUGUAUUAGCCAGUUACAAAUGUUUCUACUUGAAUAUGAUGAUGUUCCAUAUAAGGUUCUUAGUUACACUGCUGGUGAAAUCAAUUAUGGUGGAAGAGUCACUGAUGAUUGGGAUCGACGAUGUAUUGCAAAUAUAUUAGCUCAUUUCUAUACUCCUGAAGUCUUAGCACCAAAUCACAAAUAUUCAGAAUCAGGAAUUUUUCAUCCAUUAAGUCCAGAGGCAGAACAUAAGGAUUUCAUAGAAUAUAUCCGCUCUCUUCCAAUAAACGAUAGCCCAGAAAUUUUUGGCUUGCAUGAUAAUGCCAACAUCACUUAUGCAAGGAAUGAAUCUUUUAGGCUGUUGAACACACUUUUGGUAUUACAGCCUAAAAGUUCUUCUGCUGGUGGUAUUUCAAUGGAAAAGGUAGUAGAAUCAUCAGCAGUUGGCAUUUUGAAACAAGUUCCUCAGCCUCUGCCUUUGCAACCUAUCAUUGAAAAGUAUCCAGAUAAGCAUGAGGAGUCAAUGAAUACUGUUCUAGUACAGGAAGUUUCAAGGUAUAACCAGCUUCUUAUGGUCAUCCACAGUAGUUUGAAAGCUCUCCUUAAGGCUGUAAAAGGCUUAAUAGUAAUGUCUGAACAGUUGGAGGAUGUAUCAAACAGUUUGUUCAACAAUAUAGUUCCUAAACUCUGGGCUGAAAAGGCUUAUCCUUCACUGAAGCCUCUGUCAUCAUGGGUAUCUGAUCUGGUAGCUCGCUUAGACUUUUUUCAACAGUGGGUAAACCAUGGUAUUCCUCCUGUAUACUGGAUUAGUGGAUUCUUCUUCCCACAGGCUUUCCUUACUGGUACACUACAGAACUAUGCCCGUAGGCAGAUUGUGUCUAUAGAUAAAAUCAGUUUCAACUUUCAGGUGUUAGGAAUACGAGUUACAGAUAUCCAGGAGGGCCCUCAGCAUGGUUCCUAUAUUUAUGGUCUGUUUUUAGAAGGUGCAAGGUGGGACUACAAAAACCACUGCCUGACAGAAUCUAGAUCUAAAGAACUUUAUACUGAGAUGCCAGUGAUUCAUCUGGUUCCAGAAUUUAACAGAGUGAAACCUAGUGAAGGAAUAUAUAUUUCUCCUGUCUACAAAACCUUAACUAGAGCAGGAACCUUGUCAACCACUGGUCAUUCUACUAAUUAUGUGCUGUGCAUUGAGAUUCCAAGUGAUAAGCCACAAACUCACUGGAUCAAGCGUGGUGUUGCCCUCAUCUGUGCUUUACAUUACUGAGCAUUUAUUCAAAGUGAUUCUUUCUAGUUUCAACACUGCUAGAUUCUGUUAAUGAAAAUUGAAACUGAUGUUGAAGAUAUAAAUGUUUUGAUGCCACAGAAAAGUAACAGCAAACAAUUUAAUGUUUGUAAUAUCUGCCAUUGACAAUAAUAAGUAUUCUUAUCUCAAAUUUAAAAUGGUGUUUUUUAUUAAAUAGUGCUUUGAUAUUUACCCUACACUAAAUUUAUAAUUGAUAACUUUGUAUGCCAAAUUUAUCCCCAUGACUUUAAUAAGUGCUCUAUCUAAUGUAAAAAUUGUUGUUUUCAUUUUCACAGUUCAGUUUCUGUUAUCCAACUACUGCCUGUUCACACUAACAAAUAUAUUUCCAAUAGUUGUCUGAUAAUAGCUGUCCUUUACUACUUAGUGUUCAUAAAUUACCUGUCUGUUAAACUAUAUAAUUUGUGAGUUAGAUGUUAUUAACUACCCAGUUUAUGUCAGAUUAAUUGUUCUGAUACUCAGUACUUUUGACAUUAGUUAAUUGCCUGCUAUAUGUGUAUUUUAUGGUACUAACUAUUUCUGUAAAGUUCUUUCUGUCAUCAGCUAGUAUCUAUAAGAUAUUUGUGUUUAAGAACCUAGUGUCUAUGAAAUUUUUGUCUUUAGUUACUUAGUGUUGUAAACUAGCAUUCUGGUAUUAAAUUAUUUUUAUUUGAGUUUACUGACACUAACUUAUCCAUAAAAUAACUUAUUUCACAUUUAGUAGCUAGCUUAUCUUUAUGUACUAACAAAUAUGCCAUUAAACAGUUAAGACAGUAACGGUAUAUUAUCUGUCAAAAGUUUAAUUGAACAUUAAAUAAUUCUAUCGAAUAGUUGUCUUUGAAUAAUUACUAUUUUAAAAGUAGAUUUCCAUGACUAAAUUUUAUGUAGUAUUUGGCUUUGAUUAAAUAACUUAUAUCAAAAAUCUGUGUUUGUCCAUAGUUAUUGUGUAUAAUUUCUAUGGUUUCAACUGAAGUCUUCCAAACAUCUAUCUUGCGCUUAAGUAGUGCACAUGUAUCCAAAGGAUGUCUGAUUGUAAUUACUGUCUCACAAGAAAACUACUGACUAGUCUUUGUCUCAGUCCUUGUCUGUAAAUAAUAAGUACUAUUUAACUUAAUAAAUAUUAUC